AUGUUUAAGAUUCUUUUUUUUAUUAGUUAUGUUGUUCUUCCAAUAUCUAUCUAUCUAUCUAUCUAUCUCAGUUUAUUCAUAUCUAUCUAUGUAUCUAUCUAUCUAUUUCGGUAUAUGCACUAUCUAUCUAAUAGUUUGUUAAUAUCUAUCGGUCUAUCUCUCUGUCUCUCUAACUAUCUUAUCAACUAUCUAUCUCGGUAUGUUCACUAUCUAUCUAUCUCAGUUUGUUUAGAUUUAUUUAUCAAUCUAUUUAUCUCGGUAUGUUUACUAUCUAUCUAUCUAUCUAUUUCAGUCUGUUCAUAUCUAUCUCUGUAUGUUCACUAUCUAUCUAUCUCUGUUCAUUAUCUAUUUUGUUCAUAUCUAUCUAUCUGUCUAUCUAUCUGUUUGUCUGUCGGUCUGUCUCAGUUUGUUCAUAUCUAUCAAAUCUUUUUAUCCAUCUCUCUCUCCCUCUCUCUCCCACUUCUUUUUACAAUAAAUAUUACAUCUACUCACAUUUUUCUUCUUUUCUUUUUUCCCUUUUUUUCUAAAAGCUCCACUGUUCGUCUUUUUCUUUAA